AUGUCUAAGGUAUCGGAGAUCCGUGACGUGUUGCCGCCAACCCCCACCACCACUUCCGUCAUCGACAGCGUCGAUGUCGCCGACCUCUUCGCCGCCGCCGACAACACGCUGAUGCAAAUCUAUAAGAUGUACGCCCAGAAGCACUACGAGCCGACGUCGCUGCCGGCGCCGGCGGCGGUGCCCGAGUUUGCCUGGCGCAGCCAGCAACAACAACGGCGGCGGCUGCUGGCGAACCGGGUGGGGAAGCCCCUGGCGGCGCCGAAGCGGAAACUGCUCGAGCUGAGCGACGACUUCGACUACAUCGCCCACAUCCGCCGCAUCUCCAUGGACUACCCGGAGACGAGCCACCCCCACCCGCAUACGACGACCCCACCGGCGAGCAUCGACGACAAUUUGUCGCGCGGCCAGCCGUCGCCGAUAUCGGAAGUGAGCCCGGUUACGGGAGCGCCGGCAGCACUGUCGGCAGCCCCCCGGCGCCUAUUGCAGUGCACUAAUUGUUUGACGCGGACGACGCCGCUUUGGCGCAAAGACGACCACGGCGAGCUCUUGUGCAAUGCCUGUGGGUUAUUCUAUAAGCUCCACGGCGUGUUGCGCCCGAUGAAGAGCCAAGAACCAGGCCAGCUGCUGGUGACGCCCGACUUGGCGCAAGUGUUGCCCACCGCGAAGCUGCUGCUACUGUUCAAGGCGCUGGCCCCGCUGGCCGCUUUCGACGCCCUCGGAACUAUGGACACCAGCGUCAACCCCGCCGCGCUUGAGCUCCCGUUGGACGAUGACAUUUUCAACUUGCCGCCGCUCGAAGACCACUUCUGGAUGGAAACGCUGUGGCUCCAAUAA